GCCAUCAGUCGGUCGGCCUGCAAACACUGAGCAAGUACCGCCUCCAGCUUUUGCAGCAUGCAUGCUUUAUUAGGCUUUAAGUAAAUCAGUGUUGUCCUGCGCCGAAGUUCCGUCGCAAAGGAAGUCGACAAAUGCAGACAUCAAAAAACAGACGCGACGCUAUGUCGCCUCUAAUCCUGUAUUUGGCUUUAGCCAACUUUCUCGUUUACACAUCGGGACAAAGUUGUCCGACAGCCCCUGUCGUCUACCACUCAACGCUGCAAGAGAUUUGCAGCAAGGAGCCAGCCCAAUCAGCAAUUGGCUGCAGCAUGUACAGGUUAUGCAACGAUAAAGCCAACGGCAUUUAUCCGACUACCUGCAGCGCGUGGAAAAUAGCGAGCAGUUUGUGCAGUGACGAUUCGACAAUCGUGGCGUCCUACUCAAGCUUCUGUGCACAGCUGCAGUCAUCGUACAGCAGUGCCGCCCAGUUCCAGAGCUGCAUGCAGCCGUACACCUUCAAGAACACUGUUACAAUGAGGGACAUCCAUCUUUACGAAUGCGAUGCGAUGGAUGGACAGCCCAUGGGAGGCUGCGACACCUGCACCCAUGCCGCCUGCCCUGACCC